UCUGCCACAAGGCAGUCCUACUGGAAAACAGAAAAAGUCCUGAGGUAAUAAUGCCCAUGGCUAGCCUUCCCAGAGCCUCCAGUGCCCUCCUUCUGGAGCUGGAAAUCCGAAGGCAAGGUUUGGGGCCUUUCCACAGUGCCACCUCACAGGUUUGCCUUCUAUUCACCGACAAAGGUAGCUCUCUGCAACUCAACCCUUUGGCUCUGUCCUUGCUCAUCAGCUGGCCCUGCUGGUGCCUCCAGGAGGCACGUCCACAUACGCCUCUCCCACUUGUCUCGUCCUCUCAGAGUGUGAUUCUGGGGCAUCAAAGUCAAAGACCCCCUCAUACCACCGAGGCUCUGAGAUAGGGGUUGUGGCUGGCAUGAAUCCCAGGUGGCUCACCGCUCCCAAGCUGCUCCUUCCCAGCCCAUACCACCUGAUGCUGUUCCUUCCCUGUGGACAGGGGAACUUAUCACCUUUGGGUGGAGUCUGAGGGUUGACAUUUAUGAAGGGACAGGGUGGCAUGGCAGAGAGGAGGCCAGGAGGGUGGAGGCAUCCUAGAGGAGACAGUGUGAGCUCUGGACCCAUGCCCAGGCAGGCUGUGUGGGAGCCAGUGCUGUGCAGGCAGAGGCUGUGGGAGCUGGUCAAUGCAGCCAUGUCCCGCUGGCCUCAGAGAUGGGCUCGGCCCUGCUGGGUGCUUCUGCUCCGCUUGGGCUUCCUGCUCCUGGUGACUCAUGCAUGGUGUACCAAAGAGGAAAAUGACCUUGAUGACCAAGACAUCAUGGCUGAGUACUUCCCAGCCACCGUGGAGUAUGCCUUGCACUCAUUCAACCUGAGGAGCAGGGACACUCAAGCCUACAGGCUGGUGCGCAUCCUGAGGGCCUGGAAGGAAAAGAUGGAUUCCAUGCUGGCUUUCUCCAUGGAGCUGGAGCUGCGCCAGACCACGUGUGGGAAAUUUGAAGAGGACAUUGACAACUGCCCCUUCCAGGAAAGCCCAGAGACUCUCAGCUGCUUCUUCACCGUCAGCACCCAGCCCUGGAGAACCAAGUUUGACCUUCUGAACAGCACCUGUGAGGAGGGUUUCCCGGACUCCUGACCUCACCACAGAGACAUGGCUGCUCUUCCUGGGCCCCCAGCAGCUCUCCGGGAGCAGCUUCUCAUGGCUGACGGUCCAUGCUGCUGCUCUCCUGGAUCCCAGGUGACUGGGCCUCUCACCACAGCCUUAGACUCAGUAGAAGUACUUACCACUUCUGCAGUUUCCUUGUGUAGA